AUGGCGGAGCGAGUGGAGGCAGCGAUGGCGAGCAUGGGGCGACUCAUGGAGAAAAGAAAGCGUAUCCGUGCGACAAAUUCCAAAGCGGUUGAGCCGAAGGGCAAGCCUGUAAAACUGAAGAGGGUCAAGAGAGAGGAAAAUGGAGAAAAAGUUGAACAAGGGGGGCACAAAGCAGACUUUCUUGCUGUUUCUUCCCUGGCAACACUGCAUGAUAGCGAUAGUAGACGCAUUGCAGAUAAGCUUUUUGAACUUUUGAUAUCGCCCACGAGUCUGGAAGAAUUUUACUCCAGCUAUCAUGAGCAGCGACCUCUUCUCAUCAAAAGAAACAAUCCAGCGUAUUAUGACCAAUGGAUGAACCUAAAAGACUUGGAGCUUUUGGUAAAAGAAGGUCUAGAGUGGAACUUUGAAAUCGAUGCUACAAGAUACACGAAUGGACAACGAACAACGCAUAAUGGAGAAGGUUGGACAAGCAAUUGCCACACGGAAUUGCCACUCAAGCUGAUGUAUGGAGCAAAUAUGCGGAUGGUUGCUCUAUUCGGCUUCCAAGGCCUCACAGGAGACUUAAUCAUUUGUGCAAGGCGACCUUACAUUUAUGUGUACGAGCCAAGGAACGAGUACGAAGCGAUGCCAAGAUACUCAAGCCGAAACAUGACCGAGGCAAAGAGCUCAAGAGACACCCAUUCACUUCAUGUCACAGUUUCGCACGGGUACAGGAAUUCUUGGUACGACGUCAUCAAGGAAACGUUGAUCAGCGCUCUGGACGUUGCAGUGCAGCAUAAUGUUGACAUGCGAAGGCAGAUCAAACUUGCAGCUUCUGGAUAUGACAUUUCGACAGAGGGCAACCCUGAUGAUGAUGUUGAAGAGCUACUUGCCCCUGCGAGAGAAGCGGAGGCUGAAAAAGUCUCGCUCAAGACACAGUUUCGGCUGCUCGAAGGGGAUAUUGCUGUUCUGGUGCAUUCAGUCGACAAUUCUAGAGAUUUCCAUGGGAAAGAGGAACAGGGUAUCGAAUUCGAUGUCGAUUAUGCUGACGCUUUGAAUGCUAUCAUCAGGAGUUAUCCUGCAUACACAAGAGUGAAGGAUGUCGCCCACCUCGAAGACGACGAAGACAAACUUGCGCUCGUGAAGGUCCUCGUUCAGAAUGGAGUCGCUUUGACAUUGCCGGCAAAGAAAUGA